GCAAGCUUCGAGCUCGGCUGCCGCGCCCAUGCCCCCCAAGGAGCUCGUAAGGAAGGUCGGGGAGGAUGGGUUUGACAUAGACCUCUUCCAGAAGCAGAGCCCACAGCCCCGUUCCUUGUCCACCCCUUCCCCGAACGUCGUGGACGUGUACACCGACUGGUGCGGCCCGUGCUACUCCAUAGUGCCGACGGUGAAGAAUCUGCAGGUGAACGUGGACAUGUUCGAUGACAGGUGCACGGUCACGCAGGUGGAGCGGAGCGCCCUCCCGGAGUACGCCGAGCGUUUCUCGGCGACCAGCAAGCCCCGCUUCCUGUUCUACAAGGGCGGCCAGGAGGUGAACUUUGUAGAGGGCCUGAAGGCCCCAGAGAUCCUCAAGUUCAUCGACCACAACCUCCCCGAUGUGGAGGCCGAGGACUGA